ACUGCAGCGUGCCCGGUGUACAAGGUGAUAGGCAACGAGUUUUGCGGCACCGUUGGGGAGUGCAUGUUUACCGUAUUCCGUUGCUACAUGGGCGACUGUUCAAAGCUGGAUGGGACUUCCAUGAUACCAGAAUUGAGUAAGCAUUAUGGGGCAAAAUUCAACAUCAGCUACGCCGCGGGGAUGAUCUUGGUGAUGCUCGGGCUUUUCAAUGUGGUGACCGCCGUCUUUGUUCACAGCGUAGAAGAGGGCAUUAGUAAUGAGGAGCGCUCGUACAAGAAGAAGCAUGAGUGGGCAGGAAAGAACAUCCGGCGCAAACUGAAGAAGUUCUGUAAUUACGUUCAAAUGAAUCACAACCACAAUUUCGGGGGCAAAUGUCAGUUCCAGGACCAGACAUGGACCGCAGCUCAAUUGACCGCAAUUUUCAAGGACCCUCGCGCGACGUCUAUAUUGAGUGAAUUGGACAUCGACGCCAGCGAGUACUGUGGCACCGAUGCUGUCGACACGUAUAACCUCUACAAUAAGAUUCGGCUAACCGACGUAUUCGACAUUGACGAAAUAGAUGGAAUAGUCAACGCUGAGAAAAUGCUGUCCACGCUUGCGUACAUGCAGGGCCUCACGCACAUGGACCGCGACGUCAUGACCAGCCUGAAGAUCCAGCAGCUGCAAAGGUUCGGAGGAGCAGCUGGUCAAGGCCGGGGCGCGCCAGGCGGACGCCGCAGAGAAGCGCCCGGGCAGCGAGGCGGACACCGAGCGGGCGCCUGCGGGCGGCGCGGCGAGCGCCGCGGUGAACCGGCUCGAGGUCCCGACCGAGGGGCGCCCCAAGAAGAGGACCAAGCCCAAGCCCGAUGCGGGGACCCAGCUGCUGGCCGUCCGCGCGCCCUGAUGAGGGCCCCCCGUCGGCGCCGCAAGCGGAGCGCGUUGGGGGCGGCGCACGUCGACGAGCAAGCAAAACGGCAUACACAACAGAGUAGACGGCUUCUGGCACGACGAGAAUCGGGCGAGCAAGCUAUGUUGGGCAGCUUUUUGUCGUUCUCGGCUUCUGGGGGCCCUCACCAGGCCCCGGGGUUGUCAACCACAUGCUCGGGUGGAAAAGCCAGUCCCGGGGAAGAUGUCCAGACCUCUUGGGGGCAUCAGCAUCGUAGUCUCCCUCCCUCCCUGCUUUGUCCUCCGCCUCUCUCUCUCCCCCCCUUCUCGUGCAGUGGAGCGUUGGUUUCUAUAAUCAUCGCCUCCGUCACCACUGUCGUGCCGCGCCGGCGGCCCGUGUAAGAUGCGGGGUAGUGUCUUUGUGCCAUCUCGCGUAAGACCCGUUCCUUCUCCCUGCUUGCCUGGGCACUAGGCCGGGCAUCGGUUUUGGCCAGUUGUUGUAGUUGUUUUUCUCCUGGGUCACGCCAACGGCCGCCAAAGGUUGCCAAAGUUUCUCUUUGCCGCAGGCCUUUCGCGUGUGCGAGGUCGAGGGCGCUCCUCGUCUGACAACGGACACGUCGUCCAUUUCCUUGGCAUCGCUCCGACGUGUUCAUUUUCCGCAGCGUGGGCCAUCGAGGAGCCUCCUGUAUCAUCGAGCAACGAAGUCAACGCACGAAACCGCAGCAUGCACAGCAAAUGGAUGUCCGAGCGAUGACGAAUGCCUCCUCCCCCACAGAGCUCCCAGGGCUUCCAAGCCUCGCCGCUGUCGCCUUUGUCGCUGCCGUGGCUCUGACUGCGCAAGCGCGCGAGGCUGCCGCCGCGCCGGUCCCGCAGUGAAGCCGUUUUGGGCGAUCGCUGGCUGGAUUUCUAUAUUCCGUGGCCGCCAGCCAUUCAAGGAGUCAUUGCAGGCCUUGUGCAUAUGGGCCCCAGGCCGCUGACACGCUUAAACUAGCCGAGGAGGAGGAGGCGGAGGA